GAGAGCAGCCUGAGCCAGGCUGUGUGGAGGUUUGGAAGCGAGUUACGGUGCGCACCGCGAUCGCUUCGCAUUGGAGGUAAACUUUACUCCACUUAUCUGAACAUAACAGAAAAAGUUACCUUGAACCGGUCUCUCUUCUUACCACAUUUACUGAAUGGUGUCCCGACCUGCCCCGUAGAAGGAGGACUGAGCCUCAUCGCCACGUUCGUCCCGCGAGGGUCCGAGAGCGAGAGACACAGAGAGAGAGAGAGAGAGAGAGAGCCCGCGCCGGUCCGCUCAACCCGACGGUCUCGAUAAGGGGUCGGGGCCUCAGCGUCCUCAAAGGAGAUCGGGGCGCGGGGAGGGGGGGCGAUGAACGUCACCAGCCUGUUCUCCUUCACCAGCCCAGCAGUGAAGAGGCUGCUGGGCUGGAAGCAGGGCGACGAGGAGGAGAAGUGGGCCGAGAAGGCGGUGGACGCCCUGGUGAAGAAGCUGAAGAAGAAGAAGGGCGCCAUGGAGGAGCUGGAGCGGGCGCUCAGCUGCCCCGGCCAGCCCAGCAGCUGCGUCACCAUCCCGCGCUCGCUGGACGGCCGGCUCCAGGUGUCCCACCGCAAGGGCCUGCCACACGUCAUCUACUGCCGCGUGUGGCGCUGGCCCGACCUGCAGUCGCACCACGAGCUCAAGGCCCUGGAGUGCUGCGAGUUCCCCUUCGGCUCCAAGCAGAAGGACGUCUGCAUCAACCCCUACCACUACAAGAGAGUGGACAGCCCCGUGCUGCCCCCUGUGCUGGUACCCCGGAACAGCGAGUUCAACGCCAAGCACAGCAUGCUGCCGCGCUUCCGCAACCCGCUGCACCAGACGGAGCCGCACAUGCCCCACAACGCCACCUUCCCCGACUCCUUCCCCCAGGCCGGCGGGCUCCCCUUCCCCCUCUCCCCCAACAACAGCUACCCCAGCUCUCCAGAGGGGGGCAGCAGCGCCACCUUCCCCCAGUCCCCGUCCAGCUCUGACCCCGGGAGCCCCUUCCACAUGCCAGCAGAAACCCCUCCGCCUGCGUACAUGCCCCCAGAAGAACAGGUGACUCAGGACUGCCCCCAGCCAAUGGACACCGGCCUGCUGGCCCCGCCCCUUCCAGUAGAGAUAAGCAGUAGGCCAGAUGUCCAGCCGGUUGCCUAUGAGGAGCCCAAGCACUGGUGCUCGAUUGUUUACUACGAGCUGAACAACCGCGUGGGGGAGGCUUUCCAGGCCUCGUCCACCAGCGUGCUGGUCGACGGCUUCACCGACCCCUCCAACAACCGCAACCGCUUCUGCCUCGGCCUCCUGUCCAACGUCAACCGCAACUCGACCAUCGAGAACACCCGGCGGCACAUUGGGAAAGGCGUGCACCUGUACUACGUGGGGGGCGAGGUGUACGCCGAGUGCCUGAGCGACAGCAGCAUCUUCGUCCAGAGCCGCAACUGCAACUACCACCACGGCUUCCACCCCACCACCGUCUGCAAGAUCCCCAGCGGCUGCAGCCUCAAGAUCUUCAACAACCAGGAGUUCGCCGAGCUCCUCGCCCAGUCCGUCAACCACGGCUUCGAGGCCGUCUACGAGCUCACCAAGAUGUGCACCAUCCGCAUGAGCUUCGUCAAGGGCUGGGGUGCCGAGUAUCACCGGCAGGAUGUCACCAGCACCCCCUGCUGGAUCGAGAUUCACCUGCACGGUCCCCUGCAGUGGCUGGAUAAAGUGCUCACUCAAAUGGGGUCCCCCCACAACCCCAUCUCUUCAGUGUCCUAGACUUAACUGGGACCAUUGCUGGACUACAUCAGUGCCCUAGACUGAUCUGGGAACAGUGCUGGACUGCAUACUAUAUUGAAAAUUGAGUGCCAGUACUGGGAUUUUUUGAAGGGUGGGGGGGGGGGGUGUUUUACUUGAAGGACGUCCGAAUCGGGCACAUGGCAGACUAGUGGGUGGGGGGUUGGGGGGGUGACUAAGUUUCUGGAAGUUACUUGAUAUUUGUGACCAACUGUAAUAAUUAGACCAUUAUACUCAUUGCCAGUUCCCUCCUGCUCUCGUUCUAGCCCUUUCCAUUUCAUCAUGUUUCCAGUUUACACUACAGUAUUCCAUGGCUGACCCAGGGUAAUCUCGAGGUGCUAGCAGUUGUACACCUGCGCAGAACAGAGGGCAACUGGGCUAAAUAAAAAGCAUUUAGAGUGGUCAUAUCAAAAAAGGAAUUUAAAUACAAUUUGUUUAUGGCUAUAUUAGGACAGCAGUUAAAGUAAACGUCUCCCAGAUGCGUCCUCGUUCUUUUGUAGAACUGAAAAAAAUAAUAAAUGUAGCACACAGUUCCAGUUGAGAAUCUCAUAGCUGGGUAGGGGUGGGAGGGGCGGAGGGCGGGAGGGGGAGGCCGGGAGGGGGAGGGGGGGGGUGUAGUGUUGGUAAGGUGGGGAAAAAAAUGUGUGUAUUUCUCAAUUUGCAUUAUCGUAAUGUUCCGCUGAGUGUUUAGAUAAACUGACUGUUAGAAUAAGUGCUGUGCAAUCUCUGGAAGUGUAGUGCUGUUUGAAUAGAGGUGCCGGUGUCCGCUGUCGCUAAUAACGCGAUGACGCGCGGCCACAGCGGAGUAUUUCUGAGCAGCGCACGGUACAGCUUGUGUUUACGGCUGCCUUGUGGAAAAUUCUGUCCAUCUGUGUCCUCCUAUUUCAUUGGCCCCGCAGGGCUUCGUUGAAUAAACGUUAUGAAAUGUGUUGGCCGAGCCUUUUUGAUAAUGAACCUUUUUUUCUUUCUUUUUUUUUUUUUUUUAAGUUGUAGACAGAAAAAAAGUUGAGAGCUGAGCCGAGUUACUGAUGGCCAUACAGUAUUGUUUUAUAAAACAAGAAUUUUAAUUUCGUACUUAAAUUUUUUUUUUAACUUCAGGAAAACCCAUUCACGGUUAAUUAAAAUGUCAAAUGUUUGUAUUUUUUAACAUGUUUUCAUUUAUUUGUUGUAUCUGCACUUUCCACGUCCCCGCAUUGUUUCCCUUUUGAGAAUUUUGCUCCAGAGUCAUAUUCCCAGAAAGCAGUUAAAUUGAACAGCUAUCAGGCCUCUCCUGGAAGAUUCAAUAAAAUCAUUUCAUUACAAGAA